AUGCAUCUGCUCCCACGAGAGAUUGACAAGGUACGUCCUACAACGAGACGUGGUGCGGUCAUCAGUUUCACUUACUUAUAUUCUUCCCACACGCCUUGAACUGCUACUUCGCCUGCCCAGGUGCUCUUAUCGAACGUUGGCUCGCUCGCGCAACGACGACUGGCGCGGGGGGUGAAGCUCAACAUCACCGAAGCGACGGCCCUCAUCGCGAGUGUGCUCCAAGAGCUUAUCCGUGAUGGCAAGCACUCGGUCGCAGAGCUGAUGCAGCUAGGUACGUCGUGGUUCGCUGUCCUUUGACGCGCCGCCCCACACGCUCCCACCGACCUCGUUCGUUAUCGAGACCGCACAGACUGACCCCCUGACAUCUGUCCCCAUACUCCUCGACUUUGGUAACACUAGGCAAGGAGAUCCUAGGUAGAGCUCAUGUUCUUCCUGUAAGCCCCGCGACUUGUGUCUGCCCUGCUCGUGUAUUGACUAGGCUUUUGCUAUCUCCGUCAAGUCCGUUCCGGCGAUGCUGCACGAGAUCCAAGUCGAAGGCGCCUUUCCAGAUGGUGUGUUUCUGGUCACUGUGUGAGUAGACAUGGAGUCAAUUCAUCCUGAGCCGAUGAUCUGGAUCCAUGUCCUCACAACUCGUAUCUACUUCAGUCACGACCCCAUCGCUUCGACCCAAGGCUCGCUCAAGUUGGCACUCUACGGGUCGUUUCUACCGAUCCCUCCCGAGGAUGUUUUCGGGCCACUCGAAGAGGAACCGAAGCGUGAAGAGCUACCUGGUGCCCUAGUAUUCAAGAAGAACGCACCGAUCGCCCUCAACGUGGGCCGUAAACGCGUCAAGGUCAAGGUCACCAACACCGGCGAUCGUCCAAUUCAGGUCAGUCGAAGUUCGCUGAACAGGAUCCUUUACGUCAAAAGCUGAUUCAGAUUGAUCUGCACUUCGAUUGGUAUAGGUCGGCUCGCAUUAUCACUUCAGCGAGGUCAACAAAGCGCUCAAGUUCGACCGCUCGCUCGCCUUCUUCCGAAGACUCGACAUCGCCGCAGGCACAGCCGUUCGGUUCGAACCUGGUGAUUCGAAAACCGUUACCCUCGUCGACAUUGCUGGCAACCAAAUCGUCACGGGCGGCAACUCGCUCAUCGAUGGCCCCGCCACUCGGCUCGCGAGCCAGGUCCACUACGAUCAAAUCAUUCGAUCUCUCGUCGAGAAGGGCUUCAAGCAUGAGGAGCAGCCGGGCGCCGUGGUGGGGACCGAGAUCGAGGGUGCUAUCAUCAGUCGUGAGACAUAUGCCAGCAUGUACGGUCCGACGACUGGGGAUCGUAUUCGACUCGGUGACACCAAUCUCUGGGUCGAGGUUGAGGACGACAAGACCGUCUAUGGCGAUGAACUCAAAUUCGGAGGCGGUACGUGCUCGACCCCGUCGGUCGUUUCUUCGCAUUUCUGACCAUUAAUCGAGGCUCUACACAGGCAAAGUCAUUCGUGAAGGGAUGGGACAAGCGACGGGUCUACCUGACGAUAUGACGCUCGAUCUCGUUAUCACCAAUGCGCUGAUUAUCGACUGGAACGGCAUCUACAAGGCCGACAUCGGCAUCAAGAAGAACCACAUCGUUGGAAUUGGCAAAGGAGGCAACCCCGACGUGAUGCAAGGGGUUACGCCAGGCAUGAUCGUGGGCGUCAAUACCGAGGUGAUUGCUGGAGAAAAGAUGAUCGUGACCGCGGGCGCGAUCGACGCACACGUGCACUACAUCUGCCCUCAACUGUGGACCGAGGCCAUGGCAUCGGGAACGACGACCUUGAUCGGUGGUGGCACCGGACCGUCCGCGGGCACGAAAGCGACUACUUGCACCCCAUCGCAGACGUACAUGCACAUGAUGAUGGCCGCAACAGAUGGGGUGCCGCUCAAUUUUGCGUUCACGGGCAAGGGUAACGACAGCGGCAGCGUUGGUCUCAUCGAUCAGGUUCGAUUCGGAGCCGCCGGCCUCAAGUUGCACGAAGAUUGGGGCACGACGCCGGCUUCGAUCGAUACCGCGCUCAGCGUUGGUGACGACUAUGAUGUGCAGGUCAACAUCCACACCGAUACGCUCAACGAGUCGGGCUUUGUCGAAGACACCAUCGCGGCUUUUAAGGGCCGCACGAUCCACACCUACCACACCGAAGGAGCCGGGGGUGGUCAUGCUCCAGACAUCAUCGUGGUCGCUGGUCACGAGAACGUCUUGCCCAGUUCGACAAAUCCGACCCGACCUUAUUGCGCCAACACGCUCGACGAGCACCUCGACAUGCUCAUGGUCUGCCAUCAUCUCGAUCGAGCGAUCCCGGAAGACAUCUCGUUCGCCGAAUCGCGCAUUCGUGCCGAGACCGUCGCGGCCGAGGAUAUCCUGCAAGAUAUGGGGGCCAUUUCGAUGAUUUCGUCCGAUGCGCAGGCCAUGGGACGUAUUGGAGAGGUUGUGUCUCGCACGUGGCGCACAGCGGCCAAGAUGAAGGACUUCACGGGUCCGCUCAAGGAGGAGACGCGACCCGACUGCGACAACGAGCGGGUCAAGCGCUACAUCGCCAAGUACACGAUCAAUCCGGCCAUCACUCAUGGUAUGUCACACGUUAUCGGUGACAUCGCGGUCGGAAAACUCGCCGAUCUCGUGCUGUGGCAACCUCAAAACUUUGGUGUUCGGCCUGAAACGAUCCUCAAGGGCGGUGUAAUCGCUUGGGCCAACAUGGGCGACGCAAAUGCCUCGAUCCCGACCGUGCAGCCCGUCAUCUCUCGACCAAUGUGGGGUUCGCAUGCUGAAGCCGCGGCCCUCAACUCAGUGCUGUUCGUGUCGGCUCUUUCUCUUUCCUCGGGAACGAUCGCGAACUAUUCGCUCAAGAAACGACCCAUCGCGGUCCGCAAUUGUCGCAACAUCGGGAAGAAGGACAUGAAGAAUAAUUCGAUUACUCCCAAGAUUAGCGUCAACCCUGAGACCUAUCGAGUAAGUGUCAAAUUGGCUGAAGGGGUGGUCUUACCAUACCGAACGAAGUGAGCUGACUCUACUACCACAGGUCGAAGCGGACGGUGUACAUUGCAUCGUCGAGCCAGCCACAAAACUUCCGUUGUCUCAAAACUACAUGCUAUUCUGA